AUGGCCGUGAAUGCACAGCAUAGCUGUUGGUUUUGGAUAUUUUUCAGUGUGCUCUUCCGCUGCUGGACAAUCGCGACAGGACAGAUUGCAUAUUCCGUGUCGGAGGAGACAAACCCGGGCACUACCAUUGGAAAUUUGGCGAAAGAUUUAAAUUUAAACGUGCAAGACAUUGAACAUCGCGGAUUUCAGAUCGUUUCUGGACCUAAUGAAAGGUAUUUUCAUGUAAAUCUGAAGACAGGAAUGCUUCAGGUAAGAGAGAGAAUAGAUAGAGAGGAAUUAUGCGGACGAAGCUCAAAAUGCACGUUGGAAUUAGAAGCCAUUCUUAAUUCCCCACUAAAUGUUUAUAGAAUCGAAAUAAACAUUUUAGACAUUAAUGACAACGCACCAGCCUUCCGAAAUUCGAAAAUAUAUUUGAAUAUCUCAGAGCAGACAUUUCUUGGACAAAGAUUUACAUUACCCAGUGCGCAUGAUGCGGAUGUAGGCAGCAACACGGUAAAGAACUAUAAACUGAGCCCAAAUGAACCCUUUUCAUUGGAUGUCCAGAGUGGAGGAGAGCAGAGUGUAUCUGCUGAAUUGGUGCUUCAGAAAGCUUUAGAUCGAGAGAGACAGGCAGUUAUCCACCUCACACUUACUGCUUUAGAUGGAGGAAAACCUCCUCGAUCUGGGACAGUGCUCAUUAUUGUAAAUGUAAUUGAUGUAAAUGACAACAUUCCCGUAUUUACCAAACCGCUUUAUAAAGCUCGUAUUGCUGAGAAUUCUGCUCCAGGGACAUCCGUUAUAACAGUAACUGCCAAUGAUCCUGAUGAGGGUCUAAAUGGUGAAGUACUGUAUUCGUUUAUAAACCACGACAAUGAAAACAUCAUCAACGUGUUUAGUAUUAAUUCUUUGACCGGUGAAAUCUUCGUUAACGGGGUUUUAGAUUACGAGGAAAAUCCUGCAGUCGAAAUUCGUGUCAAGGCAGAAGACAGAGGUUCAAACCCCAGAGCAUCACAUUGUAAGGUUAUUGUCGAAAUACUUGAUGUUAACGACAAUUCCCCGGAUGUUUCUGUCACAUCCUUAAUAAAUACAGUGCAGGAGGAUUCACCAGUAGGUACCAUAGUUAGCUUAAUAAAUGUAAAAGAUGGCGAUGCUGGUAAAAAUGGGAAUGUACAGCUGAAUUUGUUGGAUUCCAUACCAUUUAAAAUAGAGAGUACGUACAAAAACAGAUAUGCAUUAGCAGUGAAUGGGCCUUUGGACAGAGAGAGCGUGUCUCAGUACAACGUCACCAUCAUAGCCACUGAUGAAGGGAGUCCUCCUCUUUCCAGCACCAGUGUUAUUGCUGUACAUAUUUCCGAUGUGAAUGACAACGCACCACGCUUCCCAAAACCAACUAUUGUUGUUUAUGUGAAAGAGAAUAGUCACGUUGGGGCUGUUAUAUGUGCGGUGUCUGCCUUUGACCCUGAUGUUGGCGAUAACUCAAAGAUAACAUAUUCAAUAGUCCGUAGCUCAUUUAAAAGUGCUCUUGUGACCUCAUUUGUAAGCAUAAAUUCGGAAAGUGGAGAUUUACACAGUCUACAGUCAUUCAAUUAUGAAGAAAUGAAAACUUUUGAGUUUAAAGUUCAGGCGACAGACGCGGGUGUUCCUCCUCUGAGCAGCAACGUAACUGUUAACGUUUUCAUAACGGAUGAGAAUGAUAACAGUCCCACAAUUCUCCCUCCAUAUUCUGAGCACGGUUCACUUAACACCGAAAACGUCCCAUAUUCUGCCGAAGCAGGCUAUUUUGUGGCCAAGGUCAGGGCUGUGGAUGCCGACUCAGGUUAUAAUGCACUGCUUUCUUAUCACAUCUCGGAUGGCAAAGGAAACAAUCUUUUCCGAAUUGGAACCAGCAGCGGUGAAAUCAGGACUAAGAGGCGGAUGAGUGACAAUGAUCUGAAAACUCACCCAUUGGUGGUUUUAGUUUGUGAUCAUGGAGAGCCCUCGCUGUCAACCACUGUGUCAAUUGAUGUUGUUGUUGUUGAAAACACAGGUGACAUUCAGACUUCUUUCAAGCAUGUUCCUGUAAAGGAGGAGAAAUUUUCUGAUUUAAAUCUGUAUUUGCUGAUCGGCAUUGUGGCGGUAUCCGUGAUCUUUUUACUGAGCCUCAUCAUCAUGGUAGCAAUGAAAUGCCAUAGGACAGACGGUAGCUGCAGCAAGUACAGCGCCCCAGUGAUCACCACACACCCUGACGGGAGCUGGUCUUACUCCAAAGCUACUCAACAAUAUGACGUGUGUUUUAGUUCAGACACACUAAAAAGUGACAUAAUGGUCUUCCCCGCGUCCUACACGCCUGUAGAUGCGGAACUGAUCAGUAUUAAUGGAGGGGACACUUUUAACCGGACGCAGACGCUUCCAAAUAAAGAGAAGGCAGUGGUCAGAUUCACAGAGGGCUUUGUUUGGAGUACAGCACAAACCAGGCAGUCCGAUUCGGCGUCGGGGAUUAAAUAA